AUGCUUCAAACCCGAAUUGCCCUCCGGGGCAUUCGGUUGCCCUUUCGGUGUCUACCCUCUCUGCCUUCACCCGUCCGUGGCUACUCGACAAUCGUGAAUGAGAUCGAAAUCCCCAAGCCCAAGCCCGUCGAAACCCCCGUCAACACCUUUGUCGAUCCGAACAUCUCUUUCGCUCCUCCGCCCACCCGCAGCUCGGGCGUGAACCUGCGGACCUACACUCCACGCACCCCCGGUAUCAGACAUUUGCGACGACCGGUCAACGACCACCUGUGGAAAGGCCGUCCCGUGCACAAGCUCACCUUCCCCAAGCGUGGUCACGCGAAGGGUGGUCGUAACAACUCCGGUCGAGUGACCGUCCGUCAUCAUGGUGGUGGUGCGAAGCGUCGAAUCCGAACCAUCGACUUCCUGCGCAUGGCCCCUGGGCCACACACGGUAGAGCGCAUUGAGUACGACCCGGGUCGUAGUGCCCAUAUCGCUUUGACUGCCAGCAAGGAGACUGGCAAGCUGAGCUACAUCCUCGCAGCCGAUGGAAUGCGCGCCGGCGAUGUGGUCCAGAGUUACAUGUCUGGUAUUCCCCAGGAUCUAUGGAACAGCAUGGGAGGCACAGUCGAUCCCGGUGUCCUGGCAGCCCGAACUGCCUGGAGAGGUAACUGCCUCCCCCUGCACAUGAUUCCCGUGGGAACCCUGAUCUUCAAUCUCGGAUUGCGACCCGGUAAGGGAGGUCAGCUGUGCCGCAGUGCUGGAACUCACGCCACAGUCGUUGCCAAGGGCAGUGACUCGCGCCAACAAACUGUCUACGAAGAGGAAAUGGAGGCCGAAAAGAAGCCCUUGACUGUGCGUGAAAGACAGAAGCAAGAGCAACAAGCCCAGCACAUUACGGUCCGCCUCUCAAGUGGUGAAGUCCGUCUCAUUCACAAGGAUUGCUGUGCCACCAUUGGUAUCACCAGCAACCCCAACUACCACUACACCCAGCUCGGAAAGGCUGGUCGCUCGCGUUGGCGCAACGUUCGCCCGACUGUUCGUGGUCUGGCCAUGAACGCCAUGGAUCACCCCCACGGUGGUGGUCGUGGAAAGUCCAAGGGUAACGUUGACCCGAAGAGUCCUUGGGGUAUUCCGACCAAAUCCGGUUACAAGACCCGUCCCAAGUGGAAGAUCAACAAGGCUGUCGUCCACGCCAGACCUCGCAACCAAGGCAAGCGUCGUCGUGGUUACAACUAA